CUCUCCCUCCCUCCCUCCCUCCCUCUCAUUUUCAUCAUAUCUUCAUUAAUCGGCCAAAUCUUUUCUAAUUCCUCAUCCUCCUCUGAAUCCCCACAUCCCAAACAAGUUUUUGAAAUCGAGGAGAAGACCAAAUGACCGAUCAAGAGCCCAACGCGCCAGCGCCGACGGCGACGGCGAUCAUCGUCGAUGACACGUACGAGUUCUUGGCUCCACGCUUCUUCGACUUCACAAAGGGCGAGAGCGACGACGAUAGGCGCAAGGCCGAGCUCUGGUUCGACUGCGCUCUAGCCUAUGCUCCUUCACCCUUUAUGCCUAAGAUCAAGACUGGUAGAUCCUUUACGAUCGAGAGCAUGUGUGACUUUAGCGAAGCAGAGAAAAUGGAGAAGAACUUGGAAUCAUCAUCUGACUUAAAAGCUGAUGAUAAAUCUAUGGAAACUAAGCCUCAAUCAGAGAUCAUGCCUGCUGAAGCCUUAACGAUGACAAUUGUACCAGCGGAAGGAAGUGUUUUGGGUACAAAAUCUUCUUUUAAGAAAACUGAUUUAACCAACGGUAAGGAGACUAGCAAACCUAUCAUUCAAGUUGAAACUGUAGCUUGCAGUCCAAGUCAUGAUGACAAAUGUACUAGUGGAAAUGGAAGUGUUUUGGGUGCAGUAUCUUCUAUUAAGAAAACUGAUCUGACCAAGGGUAAGGAGAAUAGUAAACCUAUCAUUCAAGAUCAAAAUGAAGCUUGCACUCCAAAACCACCCAUGAGUUAUUCCAAGAAGGGGGGAGGCCUUGCGAGUCAUUCCAAGAAGCACCAAACAGCUAAAAAGAUAGCGAGCAUGGUCAGAAACCCCUCAGCACUGAAGCAAAAAAGUCACUUACAGUCAUCCCAAACUAAAAGCAUUAAACCAAAUAGUGUGAAAAGAGAAACACAUGUGAAGAAUGCAACUGGAACUCCCAAUUUAGGACAGGAAAAUCAGGCGAUAAAGCGGCAGAAAUUGGAUGAAGGAAGAUCUAGACAGAUUCUAAAUCCCAAACCCCAAGCAUAUCCCCACAAGUCAAAACUUGGUCAUAUAACUUCUUCAGCUGCUGUGCGAAAAGAGGACAGAAAACUUUAUGUUAGGGAACCUGCAGCACCAUUUGUUUCGACGGCUGAAAUGAUGAAAAGGUUCCAAUCAAGUACCAGAGACUUGUCAUUGCCGCAUAUUUCACAUAUGAAACCCAAACUCACCUUGACGAGGCCUAAGGAGCCUGAAUUUGAAACAUCCCAGCGUGUUCGUUCAGUGAGAGUGAAGAGUACUGCUGAGCUUGAAGAAGAGAUGAUGGCUAAAAUUCCGAAGUUUAAGGCUCGACCAUUAAACAAAAAGAUUCUAGAAGCUUCAUCAUUGCCUGCAAUACCAAGAAGUACACCCCAGCCACCAGAAUUUCACGAAUUCCAUUUGGAGACAAUGGCAAGGGCCAAUCAGAGUGCAGAAACAUCCUCGAUAGCUUCAACCGAAGUGUCCCAUCAGAAUAAUCCAUGGAAGCCUCGUUUAGGGUCUUUUCUUACUGAACCUAAAACCCCUGUGCUACAAACAUCAUUGAGGGCUCGUCCACCCUGGGUGAAAAGUUCCUUUGAAAUUGAACAGGAAGAACUCGAAAGAAUCCCAAAAUUCAAGGCCAAGCCUCUAAAUAAGAAGAUAUUUGAAAGUAAAGGAGAUAUGGGGGUGUUCUGUAAUGCCAAGAAACAUGUGACCAAACCUCGGGAAUUCCAUUUUGCAACAAAUGAAAGGAUACCACCACAAUCUUCGUCUGUUGUUGAUCUAUUUGAUAAACUGUCGUUAAACUCAGAGCCUCACCAAAAACCAGUUCCAAGGAACACAACGCCAAACCCAUUCCAUCUCCACACAGAGGAAAGAGGGGCCGAGAAAGAAAGGAAAUUCAUUACUGAAGUCUGGCACAGGCAAUUGGAAGAAGAAAGAGCGAGGGUUCCCAAAGCUAACCCAUAUCCUUAUACCACUGAUUACCCUGUGAUCCCACCCAAGCCAGAGCCUAAGCAAUGUACAAAACCGGAACCUUUCCAGCUGGAGAGUUUAGUGAGGCAUGAGGAGGAAUUGCAAAGGGAAAUGGAAGAAAGACAGCGGAAGGAGAAAGAAGAAGCUCAGAUGAGAGUGUUCAAGGCACAGCCAAUCUUGAAAGAGGACCCAAUUCCAGUUCCCGAAAAAGAACGCAAGCCUCUCACCCAAGUUCAAGAGUUCAAUCUCCAUGCUGAUCAUCGAGCUGUUGAUAGAGCAGAAUUUGAUCACAAAGUUAGGGAGAAAGAGAUGAUGUAUAAGAGAUAUAGAGAAGAGAGCGAGGCAGCAAGAAUGGUGGAAGAAGAGAAGGCACUGAAACAACUCAGAAGGACAUUGGUACCCCAUGCAAGGCCAGUGCCUAAUUUUGAGCAUCCUUUCCUUCCCCAAAAGUGUCCUAAGGAAGCAACAAAACCGAAAUCACCAUAUCUACGUGUGCUCCAACGGAAAGAGAGGCGAAAAAUGGUGAUCAACUCUGCGGUUUCCAGCGCAGCGGCACAGAUGCGAUGAUUGUUUCCCUUCCCUACGCGGUAGUUUGUUCAAGAACUCUUGAACCCUGUACAAGGGCCGUUCGAGUACAUGUAGUUAUUGCUUAACUAGCAGCAUGAAUCUACCAAUUCUUGUAUCAAUGUCAAUCCAAUGUGUAAUGCUUUCAAUAUUACUUGUGUAAUUUCUUUUACUAAUCAAUGUAAAACCUCCUCCA